CAAAGAUGGAGGAGUAUGCUCGUGAACCCUGUCCCUGGAGGGUAGUGGAUGACUGUGGGGGGGCUUUCACUAUGGGCACUAUUGGAGGAGGGGUGUUCCAGGCCAUCAAGGGCUUUCGUAAUGCCCCCGCUGUGAGUACACCACAACAUAAUAACAAUUAUGAUGAGCCUCAUUGUGUUGUUUUAAAGGCGGUAUUAAACAUAGCUUUAAUAUUUCAGGGUGUCGGACACAGACUGAGAGGAAGUGCAAACGCAGUGAGAGUCAGAGCUCCGCAGAUUGGAGGUAGCUUUGCUGUAUGGGGCGGUCUCUUCUCCACCAUCGACUGUGGUUUGGUUCGUCUGAGAGGGAAAGAGGAUCCGUGGAACUCGAUAACCAGCGGCGCGCUGACCGGAGCCAUCCUGGCCGCUCGCAGUGGGCCGUUGACCAUGGUGGGCUCGGCCAUGAUGGGGGGGAUUCUGCUCGCCCUCAUUGAAGGAUUUGGGAUCCUCCUCACCAGAUAUACAGCGCAGCAUUUUCAGAACCCUCUUCCCUUUGCAGAGGACCCGAGUCAGUUGCCUCCGAAGAACUGAGGCCACUACUGUGGGGACAAGUAGCUGCACUUUAUACUUAUACUUAUACCUCAGGGAAUUUACUGUGAGUUUUAGUUAUUUAUCAUUUGAAUGUUGUGACAUGUUUGCACCUCCAGCAUCUCAC